AUGAAGGCCGCCGUAGGGACCGUAGUGCCGGGAAUAAAUGUUAGAGUAGCAAGCCGCGGCCGCGCCGUCCAAGGUGCGGCGCGGCGGGCCGUGGGGCCCACGAGGCCGGCGCCGGCGCGGCUUUCCGGGCCGUGCGUGGCGAGGAGGGCGACGGCGCGCGGCAACGUCGUCGCGAAAGCCGCGGAGAAUGCAAAGCUCCGCAUAUCGGCCAGGAAGGAAACGGAGUUCGGGCAGUCCCUCGUCCUGGUUGGCGAGGGCGCGCAGCUGGGGAGCUGGGACGUGAGCAAGGGGCCCAAGAUGCAGUGGAGCGACGGACACGUGUGGUGGGCGGAAGUCGAGCUGCCCCGCGGCUCCGAAACCGACUUCAAGCUCGUCCUCCUAAUGGGCGACGGCAGCGCGGUCUGGGAGUCGGGCGGCAACCGCACCGCGUCGCUGUCGGACUCCGCGUCGUACGUGGAGCUCGCGUGCGAGUGGGACGACACCACGAGCACCGUCGUCGAGACCUUCGAGGAGGGCUCGGGGCGCCCCAAGGCCCCUGGGUCCAUCGGGAACGAGCAGGGCGCGGAGGGCUUCACGGCGCCCGGGCCCGAGGAGGGCGUGUUCGGGCAGCGGACGCCGGACGGGUUCCUGAACAGCGACAGCGAGGAGAACGACCGGGAGGCCGAGGGCGGCGUCGCGGUGCGGCUCGAAGACAGCGGGGGGUCGGGCCCGCCGGAGCGGAUGGUCGUGGGCGACGGGUACGACGCGGCGCUGACGUCGUCGGACGUGGGGCUCAGCGUGGACGACGAGGGCCUCCCGGACUGGCGCGGGAAGAGCACGGUGUUUAUGCAGAGCAACGAACACCGCCGCGAGCGCAAGGGCGUGUGGAACACGGAGGGCCUCGAGGGCCCCGCGCUGGACAUCGUCGUGGGCGACAAGGAGGCCGGGUCGUGGCGCAAGAAGCUGGAGCUGAUGCAGUCGAUUCUGGUGCGCAAGGCGGCCAUGGCGCGGCCGGACGAGGCGUCGCUGGCGUGGGCGACGGUGUACUGGAGCUGGGUGUCGACGGGCGCGAUCGAGUGCGUCGAGGACGGCGGGCACCACCGCCCCAAUCGCCACGCCGAGAUAUCGAAAGUCGUCUUUCGGUCCCUCGAAUGGGUGAUCGGGGACGGCAGCCGGAGCUUCGCGUCGAAGCUGCUCGCGCGCAAGCUCGUCAGCAUGCUCCCGUCCUUCUCCGACGAGUUCACCGUCUCGACGCCGCUGACGCGCAUCCGCGACAUCGCGCACCGCAACGACAUCCCCCAGGACCUCAAGCGCGAGAUCAAGCACACCAUCCAGAACAAGCUCCACCGCAACGCCGGGCCGGAGGACCUCGUCGCGACCGAGGAGAUGCUCGCAAGGAUCACGGCGCCCGGCGCGAACUACCCCGAGGGCUUCGUCGCCGAGUUCUCGCUCUUCCGCGACGAGCUGCGCGAGUUCUUCGGGGCGGGCAGCCUCCGGACGCUGCUCGAGAACAUCGUGCCGUCGCUCGACAGCAACCACGUGUCGACGAUCGAGGCGUUCAUCAGCGCGAAGGAGACGAUGGACGCCGCGGAGGCCGACGGCAGCGCCAGCGUGCAGCAGAUCAUGGACGUGCUGCACCGCCUGACGACGGUGCGGGCUCUGCUGCUGUCGGGGCUGUCGAGCGGGCUGCGGAACGACGCGCCGAACAGCGCGAUGGUCAUGCGGCAGCGGUGGCGCGUCGCGGAGAUCAAGUGCGAGAACUUCUCAUACGUGCUGCUCUCACGAUUCAUCAACGCGCUCGAGGUGCGCGGCGGCGCGGACUUCCUCGGCGGCGCGCACGAGAAGGAGUGGUCGCUCCCGAUCGGCGCGAUGGUCAUCGCCAUGCGGCAGCUCGGCCUCUCGGGCCUCGACCAGGGGGAGUGCUUGGCGGUGGAGCACGAGCUGGCCACGUGGCAGCAGCAGGGGCAGUUCCAGGAGCGCCACAACGCGCUGCGCCUCAAGGCCACGCUCGAGCGCACGCAGCGCCUCGUCGAGGGCUACUGCGAGGCCCUCAUCCACCUGUACCCUGAGCGCGCCGGGACGCUCGCCAGCGCGCUGGGGCUCGACGUGCGGCUCUCGUCGCAGUUCGCCGAGUCGGAGAUCCGCGCGUCGCUCGUGUUCCAGCUCUCGAAGAUCUGCCAGGUGGUCCGGAAGGCCUGCCUGAUCGCGUCGGGGUCGGAGGCGUGGGAGGCCAUUGUGGCGGGGCGGUCGGCGGGGCGCCUCGAGCGCGUGUCGGGGCUGGGCGACGCGGAGCUGAACGGGAUCGGGAAGGACGGGCAGGACGUGAUUCUCGUCGCGGACGCCGCGACGGGCGACGAGGAGCUGUCGAGCGCCGGGCCGCACCUGGCGGGCAUCAUCCUCACGCAGGCGCUGCCGCACCUGUCGCACCUGGGCGUGCGCGCGCGGCAAGAGGGCGUGCCGUUCAUCUGCGUCGACGACGCCGAGCUCGUCGCGGAGAAGGUCCACCCGCUGCUCGGAAAGCAGGUGACGCUGAUGGCGUCAGCCGAGGGGGUGUCGCUGCGGCCUCUGGGGUCCGAGGACGCGCCGCCCGCGCCGGCGGUGGUCCUCGACGAGGAGGACGCGGCCGCGGUGAGCGGCAACGGGCCGGCGAAGCCGCAGCGGGCCGUGAAGGUCGACCAGGUGUCGGUGGCGGACAGCGGGGAGCUCACCGUCAGCUUCUCCGACGUGACGACCCCGGAGGUCGAGGAACUCGUCGCCAGCGCGCGCGCCGACGCGGGCGCGGCGCCGCAGCGCGCGAAGCCGGCCUCGAAGUCCGCCACCGCCGUCGCGGAUCCCUCGGGCCACGAGGCGGUGCUGGUCGAGAACCUCGGCGGCCCGGAGGUCGCGGGGCACAAGGCGUUCGGCUGCACGGCGCUCGCGCGGCUCGCGAACGCGUCCGUGGGCGACGAGCUCUCGGAGUUCUCGGUGCCCCGCGGCGUGGCGCUGCCCUACGACGCCUUCGACCGCAUGCUCGAGAAGAGCGCCGCGGACGUGCGGGAGUCGUUCGAGGAGCUCCUGGAGACGCUCAACCGCCGCGAGCUCGACGUGGAGGCGGCGGAGAUGUGCGCGCACAAGAUGAAGGCCAUCAUCACUUCGCACAUCCGGCCCGACGCCAAGAUGCUGGAGAGCAUACAGGCGGCGUUCCCGCAGGAGGCGCGGCUCGUGGUGCGGUCGUCGGCGAACGUGGAGGACGUCGCGGGCAUGGCGGCGGCCGGGCUGUACGACUCGCGGCUCGGCGUGCCCUGCGCGCACCGCGACGUGCUCGCCGCGGCCAUCUCGCAGGUGUGGGCGAGCUUGUUCUCGCGCCGGGCGAUCCUCGCGCGGCAUACGGCGGGCAUCGACGCCCGCACGGCGCGCAUGGGCGUCCUGAUCCAGGAGAUGGUGGACUCGGACCUGUCGUUCGUGCUGCACACGGCGUCGCCGCUGGACCGGAACCCGCGGCACUUGUACGCGGAGCUCGCGGUCGGGCUCGGGGAGACGCUCGCGAGCGGGAAGCGCGGGACGCCGUGGCGGCUGAUGGCGGACAAGCAGACGAAGAAGGUCGUCACGCUUGCCUUUGCCAACUUCAGCGAAGCGUCGCACAUGACGAACCGGGGCGGGCCGACGCCGAAGAGCGCGCUGGAGAGCAUAUACUCUCCGCAGACGCCGCCGCAAGCCAUGGACCUCAUGACGGAGCAGUGCAAGACGUACGUGUCGCGCGUCGAUUACUCGCAGCAGCGCGUGAGCGUGGAUGCCGAGGCGCGCGUGAAGCUCGGGUCGCGGCUGUGCGCGAUCGGGGAGGUGCUCGAGGGCGAGCUGGGCGGCGCGCAGGACGUGGAGGGCGCGGUCGUGGGCGGUACGAUCUACCUGGUGCAGAGCCGACCACAGCCGUAG